CAGGGAUACUAAAGAGAUGCUUUGACAAUUACUGGAAAUGUUAAUUUGACAUUAUGAAAAAUUAAACAUAUCAAAAGAACGAUGCUUGUAGUAUACUGAAUGCAGCAUAAAAAUCAAAAUAUAUACUUACUGAUCGAUAGAACCAACACUAAACAUCAUACAAAACUCUAGGGUUUUAAAAGUGCAAAAAACCGUUUGUUAUUUUGGUAUUUUAAAAUCAGUGCAAGAGUGGGGAUUAGAAAGUACCCGUUUGGAUAAAUCGUAAAAUAGGUGUUGCCAGGCCUUACGAUUUAUCACGAGACUUAAGAAGAACAUAUGCAAAAGGCAAAACUUCGGAUCCUCCGAUAGAAGCUGUGCAGGAUAGGAGAUAUUUAGGGGUUAGCGGUAACUCGUAGAUUCUGGAACAGUGGUGAGUUUUGUAGUUUUACCUCUCAAAUGAGGGCUCUGGGAUGCCGGCCUGACACAUUCUGAAAUACAAUAGGGGCAAUUUGGCCCGCUGUCAAUAAAUGGCAAUGUCAAAAACCAAAUGUCAAGUCAUACGCGAUUAAGGUUAAAAUUUGGACAUUUGUUGGAAAAACUUUUAUGAAACUGUUUGGCUUUUCUGUAUUUUUGGGAAUUACGCACAAGAAACAAUGGAGCAAGAUGAGGCGUCGUUGGAGGAAGGAGAAAUAUCUAACGAUUCAGACCCUGACGAACCAAAAUAUGUUCCCCUAGAAAGGCCUGCAAAUUAUUCAGCAAUGCAACCCACCCCUAGAUUCCCGAGAAAUGACUACCAAUCUGAAAGUGAAGAAGAACCACAGUCCAGUGAUACUGACAGUGACUCUGAACCUAGUUUAAAACAAAAGAAAAGACCCAAGAUUAAGCUAAAACCUAAAUCACGUAGAACAACUGCCCCUAAAGAGAAAAAGUAUGAUGUUUGGAGCACACGAGUGCAAGAAGAUUUUCUAGCGGAAACAUUAAAUUCCUGUGAUGUAACUUCUAAGGACAGAUCAAGAAAUGUAGAGUCAUAUGACUAUACAUUAGCUUAUAAGCUUUAUAAUAAAGAUAAACCAGAGUCAAAACCAUUUGUUGAUCAAAGGAGAGGUAAUAAGAGGACUGUAGAUGAUAGGAGAAAUUCCCAUUUUAGACAAAGAAGGAGAUCUAGCAGUUCAGAUAAAGAGAAAAAGAAAGGGAAGCCAAGGAUUAUCUUGGACUUGGCUGUUGGCACAGAUGAUAGUCCAGAUGAAAUUGCAAAGGAUAUAGGAAAUAAGUUAUAUGAAGAGAAAGAAGACUUGAUAUUAAAAGUUGUUCAAAACCUUGGUAAGAAGAGGACAUUUGAGAUCUUCAAGGAAACUAAGAAGAUUGAAGAAGAUGGUGGCAUGCUUAUUAUGAACCAAACAAGAAGAAGAACUCCAGGUGGUGUUUUCUUAUAUUUGGUCAGAAAUGACUACCACAUUACUCCAGAGCAGAAACGUAAUAUUUUUGGAGAAGAUAGGAAGAAAAAUAACCGUGCAGCCAAAGAGAGGCAAAAAGAAAUGCUGAAAAAAGUCAAGAUGCAAAAUGAAGCUGCAAAGGCCAAUCUCCUUCCGGACCUACUGAGCCGUGGCGACCUUUUCGCCGCAAAAGAUGGCGCAAGUCAUCGCCUGAAGGAGACCGAUGAGAACGACAGCGGUUUCAACAAUCCUCCCCCUACUCCCGAGACAGAUGCCAAUGAGAACAGCAACGAUGGGGUUGAUGCCUCGCCUUCCGCGUCGCUGGCAGAACACGUGGUGCAUGAGAUGGAGGACAAGAGAGGGAAACUCAACUCCUAUGAUGAUGACUUCCUCGAUAUCAGCGGUUCGGCCGAAAUGGAUUUGUUUUAAAAGUGAAGUAAUGUACAUUUUAUUAUCUUCUCUAGCAAAUGAUCAUGCAUACAAUAAAUAGGAAGCUGGUUUAAUUUUCGGAAACUUUUUUCUAUGACUGAAUAAAAUGUUCUUAUGGGCUCAACGCACUUUGGGCACAUCAUCAUCUUCGAUUUUUAUUAGUUGAAGCCAGUUAGACUCAGAUUUCAUAGCAUUUUAUCUACCCUGAUAAACACCUGAAUCAAAUGGGAGUUUAUAUCAAAGUCUUUUGAUAGAUAAAGGUUGUCUGUCAUCGGGGGUAUAUUAUUAAAAGAAAUGCAUUGUUUCGAUUCGUUUACUCAAAAUAAAAAGAAGAAGGAUAUCCUAAUGGAAUAGAAACCAAUCUUGGCAUUAAUGGCAAAAAUAGCUGCCAGUUCCUUCAUAGGCGGUGCAGUCCUCAUGCGCCCAACUUUUCAACUGAUUACACUGACUCCUGUUUUGCUGGAGUCUGCAAACUCAGAAGACAUUUUCGUUUUCUUGUUAUUCACCUUUUUAAAUUUUAUAGCUAUAUCUGCCUUGACGGGUGUAGAUGUUAACAUCUCCGAUUUUUGCCUUUUGUGUUUGCGACCUGUUUUAGGAGUAGCCAUAACUGAUGGUAAGGGUCUAAUUUGCAAUGGUGUAAGAUUCGCAGAUUUUGGAUGUGCUUUUUCUAAAUUAGCUGAUCCUUGCUCCGGUACAUCAUUGGACAAGGUGAAAGCAGGCACAGAUGUAGAAAAUGUUGUGAAUAAGUAUACCAAAAGUUUACUGUAGCUGUUAUAUAUUUAAAAUUGGUCAAAGUAGCGACAUCUAGUGUCAUAUGUCGUUACUACUGUGUUUGUCCACUAUGUGCAUGUCACUCUGUAAUGUCAGAGUAGUUGCAAUAUACCAUCAUAAGCGUGAACAAGUGUUUUCUUUCAUCUCGCUAAUCUCGCUUUAAGUUGCGUUUAAGUUCGGGUUGAACUGUGAAAAGUGUGUAAACUCUGUUAAAAAACAUCAGGUUAUGGGCCCAGACCCACAGUAGGACACCCAGCAGCGAAACUUUAGUGAAUCGAGACGUUGAAAGAAACUGUCGUGACGCAAGUGUUUCUCACAGAACAAAUAUGGCCGUCAACUACCUGACGAGUGUGCCAAGGCUUUUAGGCCGUGAGAAUUAUGAUGAAUGGGCGUUUGCCGUCGAGAAUGUGUUUGUGCUAGAGGGCUUAAACAAAUGCAUCGAAGGUACCGAGACCGACACAACGACCC